AAGCCCUCUUUUUUCUUACAUAAAAAGCUCCACAUUUUCUCACUUGGGCUCGUAGAGAGCUAAAAGGGUGAACACUAUGGACUCCUCUUGGCCUGAAAACUUUCCGGCAGAUCGGAAAAUGGCGAUCGAAAAUCUUACUCGUGGCCGCGAAUUCGCCAACCAGCUUCGUCUCAUGCUCAGCAAACCCUUUAGUGAUGAUGGGUCAUUGCCGCCGGCCAAGGAGCUCGUCCGAAAAAUACUGGGAUCUCUCACCGAGACGCUUUCGAUAUUGAAUUAUAGUGCGUCCGAUGAGGUUUCCCAAAUUCCCUCGAAUAACCACGUGGGCUCGCCUUGUUGGGAUGGCCGGAAGUCGGAAGAUUCCGGCGAGAGCAGCAAGACUUCUGCGGCAAAAGAUCGGAGAGGAUGUUACAAGAGAAGAAGGACUUCACAGACAAAGACAAUACUUGCCCCAACUUCCGUUGAUGAUGGCUAUGCAUGGAGGAAGUAUGGACAGAAAGUAAUCCUCAACGCCAAACACCCAAGGAAUUACUACAGGUGCACACACAAAUUUGAUCAAGGGUGCCAAGCAACCAAACAGGUUCAAUUGACGGAAGAUGAACCGCAGAUGUAUCGGACGACAUACAGUGGCCAUCACACUUGCAAGAAUUUACUAAAACCUCCUCAGAUCAUCUUGGAUUCUACUAUUAGGGACACCUCAAUUCUGGUUAGCUUUGGAUCAAACGACAACCAUAACACCAAGCCAAAUGAUUCAAUUUUCACUUCCUUUCCAUUGAUAAAACAGGAACGUACUAGCAUAAAGGAAGAGAUGUCAAGUUUGAACCACAACCAAUCACCACCGUCUGAUCAUUACCUACUCUCUUCAGAUCUGACGACAUUGGAAUCGUCCGGGCCCAUGCCAGGGUUGUCAUCAGCGUCUGAUCUUGGCGAUGUCUACUCGUGCACCGCGAGCUAUCACAGUUUGGACAUUGAUAUGAAUAAUCUAGAGUCUGUUAAUUUUGAUGAUAUUUUGGUUGAUUUUUGAUUUGUGUACUUUUUGUUAGUUUGUUUCUAAUUUUGAUGUAAAAAAGAAUGUUGUUGUUUCUUAAUAGAGAAGAAAAACUAGUACUAGAACUGUAGAAAAUGAGUGUGUCAAAAAUAAAUGUAAACUUUUCUUGAUUUGUCUGUGUAUGUAACCGCAAUACUGCAAUGCACUUGGAUUUUGUUUUAGAAUAUAAA